AUGCAUGCCAAACUUUGGGUGGACGUUGUCAUUCUCGGAUGCCCAAUCAUUUCAGGAAUACAAAGCUUUGAUGACUCUACAGAUGGCAAGAGCAAAAAAGCCGAUGUUCUGGAUGAGUUGGUAGAACUACUUAAGAGGGCGCUAGGGUAUUGUCUGUGUUGCAUCACAUGCGGGUGCAUCCCCACCCCCCAUGGUCACGUGAGUGGGGACUCUUACCAUGAUGAACUUAUGGAGGAAGAGAAACGAGCAGUACAGAAUCUCUUGCUGUAUCUGGAUUCUGAGGAGAAUAUCAAUCCCAGCAUCAAUGAGGAGAGGUUCAGAGCCCUUUGCAUCCUCACUUACUCUGACAAUACAGAGCUACAGAGGUCAGCAGCAUUGUGCUUUGCAGAGUUUGGCGAAAGAUUGACCACGCCAGUGUCUGAGGUGAUUUUGGAGCCCUUAGUGGUUCUCCUGCAGUCCAGGGAUAUACAGGUCCAGAGGGCAGCAUCCCUUGCUAUGAGCAACCUGGCUGUCUAUGGCCCAGAGAGUAACAAAAUGUCUAUUAUGAAGGCAGGUGCUAUCAGACCUCUGGUGAAGCUGAUGUACUCUAAUUCACUGGAGGUACAGUGCAACGUAUGUGGAUGUAUAACUGCUCUUACUACAAGUGAUAAACACAAACAUGACAUAGUUCUCGCUGGAGGAGUGAAACCUUUACUGAACCUUGCCAGGUCAAAAGACAUCAGAGUACAACGCAAUGCAACUGGAGCUCUACUUAAUCUUACACACUUAGAUAUGACAAGGGAAAAGCUGGUGGAAAAAGGAGUGAUCCCUGUCCUUGUUGAGACCCUUCAUUCUUCAGAUAUAGAUGUGCAGUAUUAUUGUGCAGCAGCUCUUAGUAACCUUGCUGUACGUGACAAACAUCGUGCCAUGAUGGUCGCUGUAGGCCAGUGUGAUGUCAUAAAGCAGCUACUCACCUUGUUACGAGACUCAGAUGAUAUCAGGGUGAUUUGUCAGUCAUGUUUGGCUUUGAGGAAUCUCGCAUCAGACGGAGACAAUCAGAUUCUUAUAACUCAGCUAAGGGGUCUUCAGGUAUUACACGACACAGUGUGUAAAUCUGAGGGUGAGACGCUAUGUGCAGCUUUAGCCUGUUUACGUAAUUUAUCUAUACAUAAAGCCAAUGAGGGUCCUAUUAUAUCUGAAACAUUUGUUGUGGAGCUGUGUAAAACUUUGAAAGAUUUCUCCAAUCCUGAGGCCCAGUGCCAUGCUGCGGGUACGAUCCGUAAUCUUGGAGCAGGGGAGAACAUCCAUGCUCUAGUAGUAAAGGGAUGCAUUGAGGCACUGGGUGCUGUGAUACUUGACCCCAGGCAUGAUGUACGUGUACUCACAGAGUGUACUGCUGCCCUUGUGGUACUUAACGAUGAAGAAGUAGCUAAGGAGCGUACAAUGGGAUUCAGCCAAGGCAAGCUGUUCAGUAAGAUGGUCUAUCUCGCCUCAUCCAGUCAGGAACCAGAGGUCCAAUACAACAGUGCAGGGGCUAUAGGACAAUUAGCAGUACUAGGGAUACCCGAAGACUUACUAGAGAGAAACAUUCCUGCUCUGUUUUUGUACAUAGAAAAGUUUUUGAACAACCCUCAACCAAGUUAUGUACAUAUUACCCUUUGGACUGUUCAACAGCUGAUAAAAGAUGACCAUUUCCGUACAGUGUACAGUCAGAGCCAUAUGCUUGAGCAACUAGAUGACAUCCUGGUCUCUCACCAUAGUGAGGCUAUCAAAGAACUAGCAGGUGGCAUCCUCAAACAACUACAUAGCACAGAACAUCAAGAGAUUGAAGCCGAUGGGGAUGAAGGGUUUGAGUUUGUGUGAUUGCAGUAAAUGUUGGCCACAAUAAGCACAAUACUGAAUCCAAUGAACAUAUAUAUAUAUUUACAAUGAAGAUAUUAGCUAAAGGGGCUUGCUACUAAUAUGUGGUUGAACCUUGAGAUCAACAGAGACAAGCAUCAUUUAUAUUUAUUUAAGUUAUUAUUUAGACACAGUUGUGAUUAUUAUUAAUUUGAGGACUGAAAACAAAAUCAGGCUAUUAGCUUAUAUACAUGCAGCCUAUGGUUGAAUACAGCGAGGGAGCUAGUGAUAGAUACAAUGGAGCAGCAAAUAAUUAUACAAUUAUGGAUUUUAUGAAUAAUAGGGUGAUAAAUCCAGUGACGUAUUCCAUGACUGAACAAGUGAUAUUAAUUUGAAUAAUUAAAAUGGAUGUGUGAUAUAACGAAAAAUCAUCAUCCCACUCUCUUCAGCUGGUUUAAUAUUGUUUGUAGGGCAUGCUUAAAAUGAAACAUGUUAGACUGACCAACAAUUGACAAUUUUGAUGUUAUUCAAAGUUAAAAAACUAAGUUGUGAAUGUGAUAUGAAUUUGAAAAUAUGCUAGAGUGUGUAACCUUGGUGAUGCUUCCACUAAAACACAUGGAUUCGAUAUUUGUGGAAAUUGAUUGAAAUAUCACUGAACACUCUUUUGGUUUUGUAUUUUAGAUGAAACAAAUUAAAAUGCUUUUGAUAUAAGCUUUUUUACAGAAAAGAUCUGAUGUAGAACCUACCAGUAGAUCAUUCGUCAUUUUUUCUUGCCGUUUUCAUCCUAAUUUUUCAGCUUAUUCCAAACAUGAUAGUUUGUUAUAGCCUGCAACAGUGCAAUUAAAUGUAAUACUAAUUUUCAACUCUUUUAUAUUUCGUGUUUUUGCGAUUUUAAAAUCUUACGGCUAUCAUGUUUGGCUAAUUUAAAGUUUCUUUGAAGCAAAAUGGGCACACAUUAAUUUAAUUCAAAUUGAUUGUGAUUUAUGUGUACCUUCCCCAAAUGCAAGGAAUUGCAUCAACUGAAGAAAACCUCUUUUGAUGAUGUGACAAUGUCAUUACAAUUCAGGUUAUAGGUGCUAUGUAUGUACACACCACUGGAAUGGCAAACUGUUGUUUUCCAAACUUAAUUUUACAUGUUUUACAAACUAAAAUAUCCAGGUUUUUGCAGAUUUACUCAAAUGGUAGAUAUUUUAUACCUUCUCUUCUGAUAUUUGUGUUGUAUUUCAUAUAUAUACCAUGGAUCUCAAUUAGACACACUUUAGCAAGCUUGUAUUUUUGCCUUUAUGUUUAUGACCACUCUAUGAAGUAGUGACAUAUUGUAACAGCCACAAUUUUUAUGUCACCACCA